GUAAUCCUUUUUACUAGCAUCGAUUUCUAUUAUCUUUACUCUUUUGGUGAAUGCAACGCACCAUUUAUAGAAUUUGGAGAACUGGGUUUUGAGAGUUGAAGAGUUUGAAUCAUUUCCCAGUAUUUGAAUCAUUAGAUGGCUUUGCGAGGCGUAUGGCAGCUUCAGAAGCUGAUUGUCAGCUAUUGUGACUGGGGAGGAAGCAGUAGGGGUAUCAGGGCAUUUAUGGACUCACAAUUGCCAGCUUUUAAGGAGAAAAAUCCUCAGCUAGAAGUAGUUACUGAACUCAUUCGUGGCCAGCAUCCACACUUGAAGGCCUUCUACAAAAACAACAAUGAACGUGUUGUUUGUGUAAAGAAUUUGGAUCCAGAAGAAAUCAAUUUGCACGCCGUAAGACUAAGGAAUGCACUGGGACGAAAGGUCAUAAAACUGAGGACCAGACAUGUAACAAAAAAUCCUAGCGUGCAAGGUACGUGGAACACGGAUGUUAGAUUUUGAGGCUUGGAUGAGUGAUAAAGAGCUUUGAUUACUGUCUGGGGUUACUUUUUCAUCAACAAUAAGAUGUUGAAAUCAAAUUUCUCUAUAGAAUUGCUUUGCGUUUGCAGUUGUAGUAUUCCAUAUAAUUUGCUUGAGUUGCUACUUCUCCAAUGCUCUGAAUAUACUCUCACUCUUUCAAUGGAGAAAAUCUUUUCAUGAAA